ACUUUUCUUUAGGAAAGGGCAUCUUUGUUCUAUAACUUGGUAUUAUCAAUUUUUAAUGAUUCACUUUUGCUUAUAAACUUAGUCUCAUAUCAUUGAGUGCAGAGCGCUCUCAUAAUAUCAGUCAAUCCAAAAUGCAAUCAUUUGCGUUUACAUUCUAUCUCCUUUGCUACUUUACAGUGGUUUUUUCUCAAUCCAACGAUGGAACCUGUUCUAAUUAUUUAGCAACCGAACAUGGCAAGCGAUCUGUUGGCAAACUGCUAAAGUCUGCACGAGUUGUGGACGACUUUGCGUGUACUUGGGAGUGUACUCAUGCCGAGGGAUGCACGUCCGUCAACUUCUACAAAGACAAGGACUCUGAUGGCAAACACCUUUGCGAGUUACUCACGUACGACAAGAAACAAUGCAAAGAUAAUAACAACUUGGUAAAAGACGAUGAAGUCGACUAUAUCAGUAUCAUCGGACGUAAAACGCCCCUGCUUCCUUCUUGUGCCGAGAUUCAAUCAUCACACUGCGUUCACACCAACGGUAUAUACCCCAUCGCCCUCACUCCCUCUCAGCCCCUCGAUGUCUUCUGCGACCUGGCCACUAGCGGAGGAGGCUGGACUGUCAUCCAGAGGCGCAUGGACGGCUCGGUGGAUUUCUACCGAGGCUGGGACGACUACAAGCGGGGGUUUGGUAACAAGGAGGGAGAGUUCUGGCUGGGACUAGAUAAUAUCCACGCUAUGACGUCACAGAGGCGGUACCGUGUUCGCUUCGACUUGGAGGACUUCGAGGGGGGCACUCGCUACGCCGAGUACGAUGAGUUUAGAGUCAGCGAUGAGGCGGCGAAGUACCAGCUUGUUUCAAUUGGUACAUACUCAGGUACCGCCGGAGAUAGUCUCUCUUAUCACAAAGGCUAUUCUUUCUCGACGCGAGAUCGCGACAAUGACGUUCACGAUGAUAAAUCCUGCGCAAAGUUAAGAGAGGGUGCAUGGUGGUUCAAAAAUUGCCUCAACAGUCAUCUAAACGGUCUUUAUUAUUACUCGAGUGUAUCAAGCUGGCAUGGAAAAGGGAUCAUCUGGCACCAAUGGCAUGGUUUUUACUACUCCCUAAAGAAAUCGGAAAUCAAAAUUCGACCUUUUUAGGCUGAGGCCAAUCCUUCGAUAUCUGACGGGGAGGUAACUGAUUUUCAUCCUUACUUAAGUGAGUCUAUAUCAACAUUGAGCCUAAAGUCAAUCACUAGGAGAAUACAAUUUACUGUAUCAUUGUCUUGGGUGCGCCUUUGUUAGAGGCUGAAGCAGCGCAUAAAAAUAACAGCGUUGGCCUUAAAGCCGCAUUGUUACCAGAUUACUUACGGAGGGCCAAUGGAAACCUCAAUCAAAAAUAGAUAAAAAUGUCUAUUUUCAGAAUCCUUGCUAUGUAACAGGCCAUCCGCUCUAAAUUAUCAAUCACAUCCUCAAAGAAACUUCCAAGAGACACAUUACUUCUAAAACUUUGGAAUCUUUUUUUGCGUUUUUUCCCGUUAAAAAUUAUUGGAGACUGUUACUUAAUCGACCAGAAGUUAACUGGUGACAACGGACGCUAAAAGUGAUGGCUCCGGACAUAGUACAGUACAAUGUACAUGAAUGGUUGGCGUCUAACGCCAUUAUUGAGGUGGGUGGCAUUUUACCCUCCAGGAUCCAUACUUAAACUUGCCGAAGAGCGAAUGAGCCCCGUGCGAGCCAAUAGUCAACAUGAAUUUUGGCAGAGGGUCCCGUUAGCCUAGUAUGGAGAAGGGACUCGGAAUUAAAACUGGCUAGCCCCAGCUCACAGGCGUAUGUGUUUAUACAAAAAGCAAGAAAAUCACAAAAAAGCAGAAAAUCACAAAAAAUAGGUAUUAUCUCAAGCAAGAAAUAUUAAUCUAAAGAAAGCAAGUCCUUGUUCAAUUUGUCAACUUGAAAAGGAGGAUAUUCCAACUCAGCUUGGCCGCAGAGAACUGGCAUUAUAUUGUCAACAAAACCGUAGAAAUAUCUUGGUUUCCAGCUACUGAGCGACCAUAACUCAUAUGGACGGAACCAGUGGGGUCAUAAUUGCCUUUUACCCCACCCCACCCAUUGCCACCACACCCUUUUAGCAGGACAAAAUGAUUGAGCAUCAAAAUGUGAUAUAAAUAAAAGUGCCCUGUUUAAAAAGUUGGGAUAUCCCUAUCUCUUUUACGCAAGAUUGACCACGCCCAUAUAAAGCAUCGGGAUUGCCACACUUAGGAUUCCAUUUAUGGCUUCGUUGCCAUGGUAAUGUAUAUAUUGUGAACAAGGGACCUCGAAAGGAAGAAAACUUGAAAUUAAUUUGGCCCUCCAAAUCUUUGAAAUAAUAUCCAGUACCCUAAGCACAUAAUGUAUCAAUAUUCCAAACAAUUGUAUGAAAUCUGCUAAAUUUUUAGUUUUUAUUGAGAUCAAGAGACCAUGAUGGUUUCUUGAUUAAGAUAUAUUAAUAAUGAUCCAUGUAUAAUAUCGAUAUAUAAGCAUGUCAUUUUAAUUAAAUUUUGAUUCAAUUUUCAAGUAGUAACAGGCUGAUGUUAAAAUGUAAACAUAAAAAUAACGGUUUUGGAGACUUAUAUACAUUAUAACACCAGAUAUAUACAGUGCAAAUGGCGAAUGGCAAAGGGCAAAUGGCUUAUGGGUACUUAUUAUUCGUAAAAUUAAAGGUGUUAAAUAAAGUCCAGCAAUGUCAGAGCCAAGCAUUGGUAACCUUUAAUGGAUAAUUUUUAUUUAUCCAUUUUUUCCGAGAUGCAUGGUUACUUUCUGUCGUAGAACUGCCAUUUGGCAAUCGCUAUUUGCACUGACAACCUUUAUUAAAAUAGGUGUACAGUAUAUAGCGAGAGACAGCAACUACUUGCCAGCCAUAGAAUUAAAAAGAAGUGUGAUAGUGCAAGACUGGAAAUUUAUUAAUGGCUUUUAAAAACUAUUAAUAGGUGCACCUCAAUAAAUAAAGAUGAUCAAGAGAGCAUAA